AUGAGCAUUCCGUAUAGGCGCCUCGACCACACGAAGCGCGAGAUUCGCCUGCUGGAGAUCAGCUCUACUCGCAAUCUCAACGAUCCGGUCGAGUGCAAACUCGUCACAACUCGCCUGACCGAUGACCUCGAAUUCAUAGCCCUGUCCUCGUUGUACGGCGAUGCCGCCCAGACGGAGCGUAUCUGGGUAUCUGGCCAGCCCGUCAACAUCACAGCCCACCUCGCUGGGGCGCUCAAGAACAUCCGAGCCGUCUUCUACCCGACGAUUUCACGGCGUUUCCAGCGCACUCCUGCUCGGCGUCCCCACGGCGCUCCCCGAUGGCUGAGACAGCUCUUCGGCAUCAGCAAUGGAGCAGGUCUCGAGUCUCGCUCGCUCCGCGUCUGGGUUGACUUGAUAUGCGUCGACCAACACGAUGAGAUGGAGCGGCAGCGCCAGACAAUCGAAAUGCGCCAAGUCUACAAGGCAGCCGAGCUGGUUAUCGGCUGGGUUGGCGAGAAGUCGGAAGCCACAGAUGCAACGCUGGAGGUGUUUUCUGAGAUUGAGGACAAGAUGCCUGCCCGCUUUGGAGAUCCAGGUGACCGUGAAGAGCAUCCGGAAGACUACUCUCCCGAACAUCGCUGGGCCAAGAAUAUCCUGCAUAUGUGGCUGCCCAGCAUUCCUGGCGUGGCCCCGUGCGAUAUGCCAUAUUGGCAGGGCUAUCUCGAUUUCCUCGGUCGCCAGUACUUCCAGCGUCGCUGGAUCCUGGAAGAGCUUUCACUGGCCCGCUUUCCCUGCUUUCUCAUUGGAGAUAGCAUCAUUCCCUGGAAACAGAUCCUUCGCUUAAUUCGAAUGAUGGAGGAGUUCAAACACGAAGAGUCUGAUGUCUACCCAGUGUAUCUCAAAGAUUCAAUCGCCGAAUUGCCCCUCGAGACAGUCCACAAAUUCUUGGAUGAAUUCGCGCGAAGGGAAGCCUUGGAGGAGGCCAAGAUUCUUUUGGAGGCGGGCAAAAGCAGGGCCACCUCAUCGACACGAUCUAAUGAAUAG